AUGAGCGAUGAUGGUGAAGAAACUCGGCGUAUUUCUGACAAGCAAGAAACAGAAGUUUUGCAAACCCCCGAAAUAGACGCCGAAUCAACAUCAAAUGCCCAAGAACCCUCUGGUCUAGAAAAUCCAGAAGAAGACGAUGAGUUUGGUUCUUUCGACGAGGCGUCAUUUGACGAGUUCCAGGCUGAAGAACCUCAAGAAACUCAAAGCAAUCAAAAUGCUACCUUCAGCAGUGCUGUUUUCCAAAGCGAGAGUCUUAUAAACCAGAGAGUGGAAGAGACCCUUAACAAGAUCUUCACCAUUACCGAACAGCAAAGCCACCAGGAGAAUGGUGAACUACUCAGCGAUGCUGCCAAGGAACAAUUCAGCUCACUUUCCAAAAUCCCACAUCUACUGCCGCCAAAUUGGCUAAGGCUGAACAUCAGACAUAAACUACUAGUGAACCUUGGUAUACCGAUCGACUUGGACGAGUUGGAAAAGGGCAGUGUUGCCCAAAUGAGUCAUCCACCGACUCAUCAGCGUAAGAAGUCAAUUUCUGAGCACGACAUUGACUGGACAGGAUUCAAUGUGCCCAGCAUUGAGACAUUGGGCUUGGAUGGGGAGAAGAAGAAGCACCUCUUGACACAAACGAAUAGCAUUCUCGACGACAUUGAAGAGUUCAAUCUUCAAAACACAUCAAAACUCUUUUUGGAGAGUUCUGCUGAUGAGGCGUUGGAGGAGAAGCUUAGCAAGAUGAGAGAAAACUACAAGCAUCUUCUUGAGCUCAGUGCGGUAUGGCAGGACCAGAUACGUGAAUUGAAGAACAGCCAAGAGAUGUAUGAGCUGGUGGUGCAAAAUAUGGUCGGCUACAGCCAGAGACUUCGGCGGAAGGAGAUCUUGGACAAUCUCAGCCGCAAAAAGCUGAAGAAAGGGAAACGUUCCUUUUGA